AUGAAUCUUAUAAAAGUGCGUCGAUGUGGCAAUGCCAAUUGCCUUUCUCAUCAACAACAACCAACGAUUGAUAAUACAAUGAUAUUUACUCAACCAGUUUAUCAAGUUGAUGCGACUAUUUUAUGUCAACUGUUACAACAAAUUGAAACAAAACGUUUAUCAAAAUCCUUUGGUCAACUUCUUUACCUAGCAUCUAUAAAUCGAUUUGAAUUGGAUCGUCAAAUUUGUCCCAUAAAUAAUUGCGAACAACAACAACGAAAUGUUUUAUUAUUAACUAAUGUUCCAGAUUUAAUCUCUGUUGCUAUUGAUUGGAAUACAUCUCAAUGCACAACAAGUGAUGUAGAAGAUCUUGUUUCAACUAUUGAUUCAUUUGUAUAUUUACGUGAAUUAUUUUACGAUGUGACUAUAAGUGAUGCUCGUAUUAAACAAUUAAAUUUAAUUGGUCUUAUUUGUUUUUAUGGUGGGACUGUUGAAGUUUUUUUUUCAUAUGAUUCAACAACAUCAAAAUGGCUUUUUUGUUUCGAUGGAAAUAUUGUUGUAUCCGCUGAUUGGAAUGCUGUUCAAAGAAAAUGUAUUGAUUUUCAUCUACAACCAUUUCUUCUUAUUUAUGCAAAUCCUGAUCGUGAUCCAGUUGAUAUAAGGCAGUUACUUAAACGAACGGUGAUACAAACAAAAAAUACGAAUUUUAUACCUGACGAAGGAAGAUUAGAACAAACUAUGGUAUUAACUAAUAAGAAAAAUUCAAUACCAAUAAAACAAGAUGAAUCUCAACAUCAAUCAUAUUCAUUAGAAAAUCUUCAUAAUAUAUCAUCAUUUGCUACACUUAAUUCUUCAAUGUUAUUUAUGCCUAAAUCAACAAUGAAUACGUCUUAUAUUAAUCAAGAAACAGUUGUUAAAGUCAUGCAACAACAAUUAUUAAAAAAAGAAACAUUAUCUGAUACAACAUCAAUAUCAUCAUCAACAACAUCAUCACCUAUUGUUAAUGUUCGACAUCGAAAUUAUCAAUUAAUUCAACAACGUGAAGAUACAUCAUCAAGUGGUGAUUCAUCGCGUGAUUCUGGAUUGAGUAUUGGAAUAAAUGAUGAAUCAAGUGAUGGAAGUCCAAGAGAUAGUCUUAGUGAACAUGAUCAAACUGUUAUAGAUAGUUUAAUUAAACAAACAGAACAUAUUAUGAAAGAUGAUCAUCUUGAUACAACAUAUGCAAUGGUAGAACAUUAUUUUGAAGAAUCAUUAAAAUAUGAAAGUGCAAGUAAUUAUACAUCAGCAUUAGAAUCUUGUCAACAAGCAUUAAUACUUGUCGAACAAAUUUUAAAUCUAAGUCAUCAGUAUAAUAAUGGUAUAUCGAUAUAUGCUCGAACAAAAAAGAACAGUCUACUAUUACGAAUACGUUCAUUACAAAAACGACAAAUAGAAGAACAAGAAAAUUUAACAAGAUUUUGUUCAUCUAUGAAUUCUUUAACAUCAACAUUUAAACCAGUUGAAAAAAUUAUGAAGAAAAAUGAUAAUAUCUAUGAUAAUAAUAUGUCAAGAACAACAUCAAUACUUUCAACAACUACAAAACAUUUACGUCCAAAAAAGAAUGUGAAAUUUUCUGAUAAUGUUGCAUUAAUUGUUCCAACAUCGGAUGAUACAGAUGAACCACCAUCUGAACAUUUAAUUCAUUCAUUUUUAAGAAAAAUUCAUCAACAACAAACAGCAACACCAACACCAACGUCCGAUUCUGAUUCAGAUACACCAUCAGUAUCAAAUGAUGUUCCAAUUGGCUUAAGCGAAUGUACACUUUGUCAUAAACGUUGUUCAAAAAAUAAUCAAAUUGGAACUUAUUGUUCUAAUUGUCAUUUUUAUAUGCAACGAUUUCAACCAGCAACGUCUUAA